AUGAAACCCAGCUUUGAUAAUGUCCAUAAUAUAAUGUACGAAAGCUCAGCACGUUUUCACUCGAAGUCAGAAAGGAAGUCUCGUGGACUGUGUCAACAUGAAUAUCGUAUAAAAGCAAAACGGCCGCAGUACAACGAGAUUCAUCCGUCCUCAUCUGGCUAUUACAUCUACGGUGGACUUCAGUUUCGACUUCGCCUAGGUCUGAUCAGCAUCCCCAACGAGAUUCGAUACCGGUUCGGGAGUAUCGCGGCGCUGCUUCCACUCCACUGCACAACAAGGCAUCAGAUUGGUGGGCUGGCUGUAGCCAAUGGUCCGGACACCAGUGACCAGUUGGUCGUCUUCCAUCGAGGCCAAAACAUCUGGCAGACGGGUUCGUUUGACGCCACCUACCGGUACACCGGUGAUCGCAGCCUCGCAGGCCGUGUCAUCAGUCCACUUUUACUCGUCGACUCGGUCUCUGGCCAUGUCGCCGAGGUGUUUGGCAGCGGUCAAUUUGUCCUGCCACAUGGCGUCUUCGUGCAGCACAACGGCCCUCCGGGCCAACGUAAACCCACUGCUCUUUGGUUGACGGAUGUCGCCUUGCAUCAGGUCUUCAAAUUCACCUGGGCCAACUGGGAGCGGCCUACCAUCACCCUUGGUCGGGCCUUUGAACCAGGCGCCACGAAUGAAGCAUUUUGUCAACCUGCUGAUGUUCUCGGAGACGUCUACGUAGCCGAUGGAUACUGUAAUCAGCGGAUCGUGGUAUUCCAUCCGAAUGGAACUUUCAAGAUGAGCUGGCCUUCAACUGGUGUUCUCAAACGAGAGGGCGAUACACGGCCUUUUGGUGAUUGGCGAUUUGGCGAAAACUCAGCCGACCAGUUUUACAGCGUGGCAUAUCACUCGCAAUCCGAAGACUACUCUUUCGGUGCCUAUCCUUCUCUCUCGCGACCACUACCUUUUGCGAUUGUCCACAGUCUCACUUUGGUACCACCGAUUGUUGUCAAAUCAGGGCCACUAAAUGCGUCUUCAAUCUCCACUCCCGCCACAGUCAGUGAGUCUAAUGUCGGAUCUGAUGAUACGGACAAGCUAGAAGAGACUAGCCUAGAGCAGAUAUGUGCUGCGGACCGUGAGAAUUCAGCAAUUUAUUGCUACGACCUAGAAGGCAGCCCAAUUGCUCACUACACAGGAACGGCGGUGCUUAGGCCCUCGGUCUACUCGAUCGCUUACAGCGUAAAGCAUGAGUAA